UUUUUUUCCCUCCCUGCUCUAAAAAUAACCAAGAGACUCAAUCAACAAAUGAGAGCACAGGCAGGCCGAGAAUAGCGACUCUCUCCAGGUGAAGGGAAACACACAUUCGAGACUUUUGAUAUUUAUGUUAACUUGACAGCAACCAGAAAUCUUGGCUGGCUGUCCCAUUUUCCUCGGCGGUGGUUCGGUAACCAAGCGAUGGCCAUGGUGAGUGGGGGCUGGGGAGAUCCCAAUGGGGGCACCAACGGGCUGGGGGACAAGGGCUACCUGAGGGGGGAGGAGGAGGACGGCUCUCCCCAGGCGGGGGGCAGCGACAUGGAAGCCGGAGACGACGACAAGGCGUGCGUGGUGGACUGCGUGGUGUGCGGGGACAAGUCCAGCGGGAAACAUUACGGCGUGUUCACCUGCGAGGGCUGCAAGAGUUUCUUCAAGAGGAGCGUCAGGCGCAACCUCAGCUACACUUGCAGGUCAAACAGAGAGUGUCAGAUUGACCAGCACCACAGGAACCAGUGCCAGUACUGUCGCCUGAAGAAAUGUUUCCGUGUAGGCAUGCGCAAAGAAGCAGUUCAACGCGGUCGCAUCCCACCUCAGCCGAGCCUCAGCCCCUCCAUCACGCCCAUAGGUGGCGCCAGCGGCCUUGGAGGUGGUGAGUUUUACAAUAACAACAACAAUGGAGGAAGUGGCGGAGGUCAGCCGGUGUCAGAGCUCAUAUCUCAGCUGCUGCGAGCCGAGCCUUACCCCAGCAGUCGGUAUGGGCACCAGUACAACCAACAGGCCGGUCCAGAUAACGCCAUGGGCAUUGAUAAUAUCUGUGAGCUGGCUGCCCGGCUACUCUUUAGUACCGUGGAGUGGGCCAGAAACAUCCCUUAUUUCCCUGAGCUGCCUGUUUCAGACCAGGUGGCCCUGCUGAGGCUGAGCUGGAGCGAGCUGUUCAUCCUCAAUGCGGCCCAGUCGGCUCUGCCGCUCCACAUGGCUCCCUUGUUGGCCGCGGCCGGCUUCCACUCCUCACCCAUGUCUGCCGAGCGUGUGGUGUCCUUCAUGGACCAGGUUAGGGUGUUCCAGGACCAGGUGGACAAGCUGACCAGGCUGCAGGUGGACUCGGCCGAGUACAGCUGUCUCAAGGCCAUCGCACUGUUCUCACCAGACGCCUGUGGUCUAACAGACCCAGUCCACGUGGAGUCUCUGCAGGAGAAGGCUCAGGUGGCUCUGACAGAGUACGAGAGGAUGCAGUACCCGAGUCAGCCUCAGCGCUUUGGCCGCCUGCUCCUGCGCCUCCCUGCCCUGCGCGCAGUUCCCGCAAACCUCAUCUCCCAGCUCUUUUUCAUGCGCCUGGUAGGAAAGACACCCAUCGAGACGCUGAUCCGUGACAUGCAGCUCUCCGGAAGCUCGAUCAGCUGGCCGUAUGUCCCAGGACAGUAGCCCCCCCCCCCCCCCCCCUUACGGACGAGGUCUCCGUCUGGGAUUAGUGACGACAAGGACCCACAGGAAACCUCCUGACUCAUCACUAUCCAUCUGUGUGGUUAUUAAACUGCAGUGCCAGCUGGCCGUCAUACGUACUGUACUGUAACCGCUCUAUUCCCCCCCUCAUGAAACGAGCCCUCUGUCUCCACACGAUCCUCCAGAGAAGAGAGAGGAGCCAGUGCCAGGCUGGAUAUGUCUUUUUUGCCAGCCAAGUUGUUCUGAUGCCAGGUCUCAGGUCAGAGACCAGCUCUACACGCUGGGCUCCGAUAUGGCCACCACAGCCAGUCAUGUCACCACCCACAUGCCAUAGUGACUCAAAACACGACAGUUUCAUGUAGAGGGCAGCAGCACCCUGCUACAAAUACAUCAAGAGGACAAAACUGUUCCGCCACUGAAAGUCAGCGGAGUAAUUUUUCCCACACGGGGCUCAUUUUCCAUGACUCACCAUUUGUGAUACGCUGACCUUUUUAUCACACAACUGAGUUAGAAACAUUAGAAUCAUGGAUAUAAUGACUCUAAUUGAACAGUCUAAAGCAUCAGAAAGCUUUGGUUGCGCUGUGAACUGCACGUAAGACACAGUAAGGGCCUCACUGUUGAAAAGAGAAUUCUGAAUUCACCACUCUCUUACCUCAACACUUGAGGAGGAAGCCAAGGGACUGCUCAAAAGCAACAGAAAUGAAAAUAAAACCAAGGAAAACGCACCAAAGUCUACCACAUCAUCCUCAGAUGAUUUUUUUAAAAAUAAAAUAAGUACACAAAGCAGAGAGGAGACGAACGGACUCUCGUGACUGCCUGACCAUCAAGUGAACAAUGCACUUAACUUCAUUCACAGGGCUCACUGUUGCUGUAGUUAGAGAAGAUUUAAAAACAAGAAGCCACAGUUAUAUGAGAACGGACUAAUACCUCACUAGACAUCAGAAUGCUUUAGUCUGAUAUUUCCUAAACACAAACCUCUGUAAAUGUCGUUCACCAGAAACCGCCUUCUUUUUGACAACUGCCUUGCUAUUCAGCAUGAAUUUGGGGCACCUAUGAAAUUUGAAAUCAGUCUUACGAGCGUCACAAACACUUGUCUUGUAUCUUUUUUAAAAAUCCCCAAAGUGAUUUUCACUUCUUUUUUGAAUGAGUUUGACUGCCUGAAUCUGGUGAAUUCAGCUAUUAAACACUGCUUGGAUCAUUUUUGUUGUUGUUGUUGUUGUUGUUUUUUGUUUUUGUUUUUAAAUUGAGAAAUGGCCGGCUGACACGUAAAUUUAACUCGGGUUCAGGUGCAACAAACAAUUGAAGAUAAUAACAAAUAUAGUUGGUGAUUAGACAGUUUAUAACCAACACUACCAGUCAAUCAGUGCUAUUUCUGGAGGUAAUGAUCCCUUGAACCGUAUUGAAAUGUGUAUAUAUAUUGCAGCCAACUUCGUCUUUUUGCAUGUUCAAAUGUUGUUUUGGAUCUCUGCUAAGUUGACUGUUUCCCUCUUUUACAUUAUGUGAUUCAAGAUUCAUUUGAAGUAUUGCUUUCUCUGUUAGCUCCUAAAUGUUUUUUUUUCUAUAUGUAAUUACAUGAAGAAUACCUCUGUCAUCUGUUCAGAUGUCAAAAAAGAAGCUUAUCUUCAUGCCAUUACAGCGGAUAUGACAGAGAUGUUCCUGCUCUCAUCUCUAAGCAUUUGAGUGAGUUUCUACUGUUGUGAGUGAUUUGAGAUGGUAUUGUAGUGAACGAGGAUGCACUUGGAGGAUAUUCAAUGCCAAAACAUCACACUGUCGGAGAUGAGUUGAAAGAAGAUGGGCCCUGAUUUGCUGGUCCACCAGGAUUUACCUCACACGGGUAUUUCAAGUGGCGAGUUUACAAAAUCAAAAGUAUUUUAGGUAUUUUAAAGUAAAGAAUAAAAUCAACUCUAAAUACAACUUAUUUCAGCAUUUAUUGAUGAAAACCACAAAAUCAAAGGAUUUAACUCUGCUUCUUGACCUGCCACCAGGGUUUUUGAAAGUUAUUUGUUCUUUUAGGCAGCAACUCACACAACCAUGUCAUGGAGAAAAAAAGUAAAUAUACUAUUAAUGUUUUCUUAUCUUUGUGUUACUGAAUUCUUAAGUUUUUAAAAUUUCAUGUGUAUGGCAACGUUAUAAAAAAAAAAAAAAAAAAUCAAAAGAUAAUGUCUUUUAUGUUUUUGUUUUUUCAAACUACUUGAAAAAGUGUUGUAAUUUACAUCUGUAUGAAGAAUGCCAAAUAAACAC